AUGUCACUACAAGCGUCGACACCGAUAUCGCGCUAUAUCCUCCCUACCACAAAGCCUUUCAAAAAGUUGUGGCUUCGAUGGAGGUCGCUACGGCUCCCGUGGCGUAAAAGGUACUUCAUUGGGAUGGAUUUGGAGGGAAAUACAUUCUGGGAGUUUAGAGAUCGGUUGGUGGCGUAUAGGCCGAGGAGGAUUAUGGAUUUUAGAGGGGGCGUUCACAGUUUGGCCAAUUAUUCGGAAUUUAAAGUUGAUCCACAAUGGCAUCAAUGGCUAAGGGCUACAAGGUUUGAACCGCCGAGUAUUCAAGAACUACAAGAUGAAGUUACACGACAAAAAAUUAUGGUGGAAAGAGCGAGAUUGGCGGAUGAGAGGUGGGCGAAGGCGGGGACACUGUUGAAGAAGCCCGGUGAGAAGGAGUUUAGGAGGCUGCAGGCUAGUGCACGGGCUACUGAAGCUUCGGACGGAAGCUUGAUAGGGAAGAUUCAAGAGAUGGAGAAGGAAAAAGAACGAGCGCCUGUAAGAGUAGGGAAGGAGACCACAGUUCAAGAUAUGGAGGAGAGGUUGAAGAUUGAGAGGGAGAAGAGAGAACAGGGGAGGCCGUCAGCGCCUGGAGAAGGAUUUCAACCAGCGGCCUGGACACCGCAAGCUGGAGAAAGGUUGGAGAAGUAA